ACCUUCCUCCGCUCUCAGUCUGAGAGGGGCAGCACUGAAGCAAUAAGCCGGUCACAGCUCCUACAGCCCCCCGCUCUAGCCUCAGAAAUGAACAACAACUUAGUCGGAGAUGAAGUCGGGAAACUUUUUGUGGGUGGAUUGGACUGGAGUACCACACAAGAGACACUUAGGAACUACUUCUCACAGUAUGGGGAAGUAGUAGAUUGUGUCAUCAUGAAGGACAAAACUACAAAUCAGUCGCGAGGCUUCGGCUUUGUCAAAUUCAAAGACCCCAAUUGUGUACGGACAGUGCUGGAGACAAAGCCGCAUAAUCUUGAUGGGAGAAAUAUUGACCCGAAGCCUUGCACUCCCAGAGGAAUGCAGCCUGAAAAGUCUCGAACCAAGGAGGGCUGGAAGGGCAGCAAAGCUGAUAGCAAUAAAUCAAAGAAGAUAUUUGUAGGUGGAAUCCCCCAUAACUGCGGCGAGCCUGAACUCAGGGACUAUUUCAAUAGAUUCGGAGUGGUCACAGAGGUGGUAAUGAUCUAUGAUGCGGAGAAGCAGAGGCCCCGAGGUUUUGGAUUUAUUACUUUCGAGGCCGAACAAUCAGUGGACCAGGCUGUCAACAUGCAUUUUCACGACAUCAUGGGCAAAAAAGUGGAAGUGAAAAAGGCUGAACCUCGUGACAGCAAAGCUCCUGGCCAGCUUGGCCCGGGCCAGUGGGCACCCAGGGGUAUCUUGAGCGCAGCUAAUGGUUGGACGGCACAGCCUGCCCAGGGCUGGCAACAGCCUUAUGGGGCACAGGGAGUGUGGGUGUCGACUACCGGCCAACCCAUAGAUCUCUUCUGUGUUGGAGCAGGCGGGUAUGGACCCCCGUUGACAGCAAGCCGUGGAACACCCACACAACCUCCGUCACCUUUCAACGCAUUCCUGGUCACGACCCCGGCGGGCAGCUUUGCUGCACCUCAGGGCUACCCUCAGCAGGGCUACAGCACAGCACCUCAGUUUGGUUACAGUUUUGGCACACCCCAAGCAGACCAGUAUGCUCCACAGGUCCCCCCUCCGCCCACAACUCCAGGAACUGCACCUCUGGGCUUUGCCCCCGCCACCACACCAACUCAGGACUUGAGCAAAGCUCCAACUGGGCAGCCUGACUUCCCUUAUAGCCAGUAUGGCUUGGGUAACUACCCUCAGGACCCCUCUGCCUACGGACCAACGCGUCCUUCUCACAGUUAUGGUCAGGAUGAGCAGGGAGGAUAUAGUGCAGGGUACGGGCAGGACCUGACAGCCUUCAGCCACAGCUUCGCAGACCCCAGCCAGCCGACAGCUUCGUACGGGGCCCCGACAGCACAGCCCGCUGCUGCCCCCCAGCCUGCCGCCACUGCUUUCGGCAGAGGGCAGAACCACAACGUACAGGGCUUCCACCCGUAUCGACGCUGACGGCCACCUCUGGGCAGGGCGGAUGUGGAAAAGUUUAAAAAAAAAAAAAAAAAAAAAAAAAAAAAGAAGUCAGGGAAAUGUGUGUUCUUGCUUAAAAGCAAAACUGGAGUUCUGGAUAGUUCUAUGGGAAUGUUGAAUGCACACAAUUUGUGAAACAGAAACCUUUGUGAAAGCAGGGAUUCCAGUUAAUUCAAAACGGGGUCUAAAGAAACCCAGGUUGUUUUUUUUUUUGCAUAACUUAAAGAACGUUCAGCAGAAAGAAGCUUUUAUUCCCCACCCCCAACCCCAUGUUUUAUAGUAGAACUAAACUACUUUGCAAUAAUUUUGAUUGUCUGGUCAAACACUAGCACAGAGACUUUAUGUAAAGAGACUUGCAUAUAAAUAUGUAUAUUUAUGGUGGACACAAAUGAAAACAGGGUCUCAAGUUUCCUCAGCUUUAAAUUCUAGGGAAAAAUGUUUUUAUUUUUCAUUUGGUGUAUUUUGUUUACUUUCUGAGCCUUUAAAGUUUGUUUA